UCAGUGUAAAGUGAACAAUUUAAGUGUUAACUAAAACAAAACUUAGAAAAAUAAUAAUGGAACGUUGGCAAAAUAAAGUAGCUGUAGUGACCGGGGCUAGUUCUGGAAUUGGGUCUGCUAUUGUCAAAGACUUGGUCAAUGCUGGAUUAAUUGUUGUUGGAUUGGCACGUCGUGUACAACGCGUGGAAGAAAUUAAGCAACAUGUGACCAAGGAAAAGCAAAAAAAUCUGCAUGCACGACAAUGUGAUGUUUCCAAUGAGGAUUCAGUGAAUGAAGCAUUUGAUUGUAUUGAAAAAAAUUUAGGUGGUAUAGAUAUAUUGGUGAAUAAUGCGGGCAUCUCUAAGUCAGGCAAUUUAUGUGAAAUUGAUGCAAAUUUAGUGCAAGAAGUUCUACAGACCAAUGUUAUGGGUGUGGUAUAUUGUACCAAACGUGCAUUUAAAUCAAUGAAAGAACGUAAUUUUAAUGGACAUGUUAUAAUAAUAAACAGUGUUCUAGGGCAUACAGUAUUUAAUAUUGGUAUUUUGAAAAGGCCAUCAAAUAAUAUGUAUCCUCCAUCAAAAUUUGCUGUGACUGCAAUGACAGAAAUUUAUCGUCAAGAAUUUAAUAAUUUGGAAACUAAAGUGAAGAUCACUAGCAUUAGUCCUGGAUUAGUUGAAACGGAGAUUGUUAACGAUCAAUUUAAGAAAAUUAUGAACAAUCGUAUAUUACAAGCGGAGGAUAUUUCCAAUGCAGUUUUAUUCGCUAUUUCUACACCUCCCCAUGUGCAAAUUCAUGAAUUGACUAUUAAACCUGUAGGAGAAAUUUUCUAAGUUUGGAUAGACUUUGAUGAAAAAAAAAUUAAUUAUUGUGUUUAAUAAAUUUUAUCAUUAAUGGUU